GGCCAGUGAAGAGUUCACCAUGGCAACCGCUCCUGGACCUAACGUAGAAAAGCCGAGGCCUGGCCCCAGUGACCGUCUGAUCACUCUAUUCAGGACCUGCUCCAGAGAUCCCACACAGGGAAUAAAAAUUAGACUGGAAAACAUGCUGCAAGAGUUUCUGCAGCACUGCAAGGAUGAUAAACAUGACAAUGCAAAAAGAGAGCUGGAGGAAAAGUGCUUCUCAGCUGCCACAUCACUCUACUACACCAUCUUAGAAAAUCUUACUGCCAAUCAGGAGAGAUUAAAGUCUGGCGAUGGUGUCAUCUCUCACUUCUUGGAGGAUGACUUUAGGCACCGCUGCCUGGUGGCCUGUUGCUUGCAGAUCACCCUGAAAUCAACCUUUCGAGUCAGUGACGUCACUUUGCUCCUCAAAGUUUUCAAACUGGAUCCCUACCUUUUCUUAGAGGUACAUAACCAGUUCCUAUUAAGAUUCAGGAAGGAAAAAUUCAUGGACUCGGUCAGAUGCUUUAAGCCAAUUGGAACAAGUGUUUUAGAGAGCUCCGUUUGGGCCAGCCACUCUCGCCUGUGGGAGAAAAUCAAAGACAAUGAAGGAUUUCCACCUUUCAAACACCAGCAGACUUCCCCAACAAAUGUCGAAGGUCAGCCGGAAUCUAAACCACAAGAAGCAGAUGUAAUAUUGGAAGCAGAGUCUUCCACGACCUCAGACCACCAGCAUUGCUCCUCAGCUGUAAGCAGACCCAAAGGGCAACCUUUCCUUCACCAUUUUGCAAGGAUGGUUUACAGUGAGAUGGGAGAGCGUCUGAGGGAAAUGUGUUUCAAACUACAAGUCUCUGAUGAGCUGAAGUCAAAGAUGUGGACUUGUUUGGAGAAUUCCUUGACUCAGCACACUUCCCUCAUGAAAGACCGUCACCUGGACCACCUGCUCAUUAGCACCAUGUACAUCAUGGCAAAGACUACCAAGAACAAGCUAACGUUUGAGGAGAUAGUAGAGCACUACAAGACUGAGCCAUAUACCAAUGAAAGUGUUUCCAAAGAGAUGCUGAACUCAGAGUCACCUUUGGAAAAUCUUCCCAAAGAGAUGAUGGAUCUUGGAACCCAUAGAGCUGCUUUUCCGACACCAGAAGAAAACUCAGCGGAGGAAAAGAGAGGCAGCCUCAUCAAUUUCUACCACCUCUUCAGCAUAAAACUGCAGCCGUUUGCGGAGAAGUUUGCCCAAACUUAUGGGGGAGAGACUCCUCCCAUAUCUCCAUUGCCACCACCGCAGUCGAGAGAAAGUUAUCACCCAACAAAGGGUGUUAACUUCACCGUCUCACCGUUAAACAGACAAGAUGUCCCUCAACAUACUCCCAAACACACCUAUAACUUUGGCAAAAGCCCCAGAGAGGACCUGCAUAAGAUCUCCAAAAUUGUAGUCAAAAAACGUGCGCUACCGUUCAAAACAGAGGAAGAAGAUGGGCCUUCAUCCAAGCAAAGUUGCUUGGAACCUCCGUCAGCUCUGCAGAGUCGACUGAUAAAUGUGCAAAAAGAUCGGUCAGUGGUACAGAAGCAGAACAACCCUGAGAGUACACCCUGUAACACGCAAUAAGUGAAGUUUACUUUAAAAAUUUAUGCAAACUUCUUGCCUCAAAAAUAUUAAGUUUCCAAAACUUAAAAAUGUUAGUAUGUGCAAGUUGUACAUCUUAAGUUUACACAACUCAACUAAUUUGAUCAUUUUGAGUGAGUUGUAUUGACAUAAAUGUACAUAUAACUCACUGUAAAACCCAAUUUUUUUAUUUAAAAAUAUGUGGAAAAUUAACUGAUUAACUUUAACUUGUGCAAUUUUAUUGAGCGUAACUUAACUUAACUAUAAAUCUGUGUUUUGACUGUUUAAAAUCUUCAUUUUUUUAACAUAGAAACUCCUCAAAAAAAGAAAACUACUUAAUUGAAACAGUUCCUGUGUAACCGGAUCCUUUCUGCAUUGUGCUGCUUUUAUCAAGUGAUCAGGCCGUGACACGGUUUGUCUUUAAAAAACGGAUGAUUUCUCAAUUUAUUCUGACUAGAACAAACACAACAACUGUGUUUUAGGCUGCCUGCUCCAAGUCCUACACAAAAGUGCUGGAUAUAUUUAGAUGAAAAAUAAAUGGCACACACCUCUCCUGCAGGACAUAACAAAAGGAGAGGGUCUAAGGGUCAAACAAUUUAAAGACAAUACCACAGAAGAAGAAAUAAAAAGGGGGGUGCUUCUGCUCUUAAAGUAACACGGUUAAAACAAUGACAGAGUUUUUUUAGAGGUGUUUCAGGCAGAUAAGAAACAAUACAAAUAACCAAAAAAAGAUAUUUUGUGUAAUUAUAACAAAAGAGAAAUACAACCAGGUUACACCUGCUUUAAAUCUAUUAUAGUGAACUUACAUUUGAUUAAAAAAAAGAUGAGAUCAACAAACAGGGACUGGUAGAAUAUUUCCCUUUGAAGCCAUGCGUCUUUUUUCAGAAAAAUAUGCUUUCUAACCCAAACACAUGAUAAACUAUUUCACUAAGCAAUAUGUUUCAAUUGUAACGAUCGAUAAAAGAAUGUGGACUUUUUGUACUUAGAAUUUGUAGAAGUCAGCCAGUGUCAGAUAUUUUCUUUUUAUAACUUCCAUGAUAUUUUCAGUAUUAAUAACUUUUAAGUGUUUAAUUUAUUUUAUAUUAUGCAGCAAGUGAACACUUUCUCUUUAAAGCUGAUGUGUUCACACCAGUGGGUGGGGGGAGUGUGGAUAUGGGUAAAAAUUGGUGGUUUGACAACGAGGUUAAGACUUUAGUGGGAUGUUUCCAGUCUGCAGCAUUCCAAGGAAGGAACAGUUCUUACUGGCCUGAUACUUAUCUACAAUUAAAAAAAAGCAACAUGGAGUACUUGAGCAGUAAAACAGGACCAUGGAGCAAUCAAAGACAAUAGCAAAGUCUGAAGAGUCACAUUUUCGUUUACAUCCCAUACAUCUUUUUUACAUCUUUUUUUUUUUCUGUCUUGCCGUCCAUGAUCAGGAUACUUAACUCUGACCUACGGAGGCAUAUCCCUGCUGUCUUCUUUUAGCAGGAUGAUACAUCCUACAAUAAAACAAAAAUUAUUAAAGAACUCUCCAGAUCUUGCUUGAGGAAUGUUACCCAUUUAUAUCUAUUGUAGCAAUAUUUUGCAUCAGGUCAAAACUGACGAACAGUCUGAAACGUUAUCUUUACAGCACUCUAUUUUUAACUUUCAUACUUGGGCCUUUGUACUGUGCUGAAUGUGUUCACUCCAUUGUUUAUUCACAUGUAAUAAAAGUAAAAGCACAACUUUUAUUAUUCACAUUUGCCAUGAUGAACAGCUGUAAGAAAGAGAACUUUGUUUUUCUAUGUCCAGAAAUUCCAGUAUUUAUUUAAAUGAUUGUAUAGCGAGUCAAAUGAAAGCAUUAAGAUCAGAUGGUUUAUGGACUGAAUUUAUGUGACACCUCUCAAGUCACUCAAAGCAAAGUCCAAAUAUCAUAACUAAUCUCAAGGAACAUCAGCCAACAUCACUAUAACUGUAUUAAAGGCUUUUCAGAAUAGUCAACAAGUAGUGGUCAACUUGUCGAUUUCCCAUUUCAGCUGUUUUGUUUUGUUUGGAGAAAAAGCUUUUAGCUUUUUUCUGCUGAACUGCUGAUGAUCUUCAGGUUAAUUUUAUCUGGAACUGAAGUUAGAACAAACAGUAUUUGUCACAACUCUGUGCAGCAGCAGAUGUGCACUUUCCAUAUAUGUUGAAGAUGUGUGCAACAAAAUAUGCUUUAUUUUAGUAAAAAUAUGUAUAUCAAACCAAAUAUUA